AUGGUCUUUCCCAAGGGUUCGCGGUUUCGCUUUCGCGACCUCCCCUUUUUGGGCGCGGCGGCGUUCCACAACGAACAUGGCCUGAUGAUGAUCGAUGCCCCGUAUGGGCAUGACGGCCCGGGGAACCUCGGGAGCCUGUUUGGAGGAUUGCUCUCGCUGACGCUCCAGCGCUUCGACAUGACAUGGUCCGUGGUCCCGCGCAUCGAGCAGAUGGGUUACCGCGCCAGCGAAGUCAACAACGUGCUCAUGACGCACAUGCACUUCGAUCACACCGGAGGGCUCAAAGAGCUCGCGCACGCGCGCCUCAACGUCUCGAGCACCGAGUGGCGCACCGCCACGAGCUUCAAACCCUUCGACGGCCUGGCCCGUGGCUACGCGGUGAGUGAUUAUCGCAUGCUCUCCGCGCAGCUCAACACCUUCGAGCUCGACGAAACCUACGAUCACAAGGCCAAAGGACACGACCUCUUCGGGGAUGGCAGCGUGAUCGCGUUCCCGCUGCCAGGGCACACGCCAGGACACACUGGCUACCUGUUUAACAUGCGCGAUGGCAGGCAGGUGUUUUACCUCGGAGAUGCGGUCUUCGCGACGCGUCAGAUCAGCGAGCGGAUCGGCUUUGGCGCCUUCCCGAACACCGUCGGCGAGGACAUGAGCAGGGCCGCUUAUACCCUGAGCGAGCUCCAGUACUUCCACGAGGAAAACCCGAAGACCUUGCUGUUGUGCGCGCAUGACUUUGAUCUGGCGACGAGCCAUCAGAAGCUCGACUCGGAUCGCUGGAACAAGAUCUGCCGUAUCCUCGACGCGUGGCCUGGCGUCGACAACAUGCGCGAGGAGGUCAUCCCCUACCUCGCAUCCGCGCUCUCCGGCGCCAAGCUCGACCCGGAGAAGCAAACCCUCUUCGCCCCUGCGUCCUGGAUCCAUCGCGCGUUUGCUGGCGAGGAGCUCCCGCAGCUCGCCCUGAGCCGAGCUAUCGAUAUCCCCAUCGAGCUCCUCCUCGAACAUGGGAGCUGGGGUCCACUGUCGGACAAGCUCUCACACAUCGAACUUAUCGAAAUCAACGCCUACGAUAAGCGCGAUGAACCCUUCCUCUCCAAGCUCGAGCUCGAAAAGUUCCCCGCGCUCACCGGGCUCGUGCUCCAGUGGUCGAACAUGGAGGACAAGGGGGCUCGUUUUCUGGCCAGGAGUGAGGGCACAAAGAGGCUCGUUCACCUCGACCUCUGUGGGUGCCACCUCGGCGCCUCGGGCGUUCGAUUACUUGGCGAAGCGCCGUGGUUCUCACAGCUCGAGUGGCUCUCGCUGGAGUGGAACCGGCUGGAAGCAGAAGGGAUACGGGAGCUCUCGAAGAUGCCCACAUUCGAGCGCCUGAGGCACCUGAACCUCGAGCAUAACGAUCUGCAUGACGAUGGGCUCGCGCUCCUUGGAGAGUGUCAGAUGCCAGCGCUCGAGCACCUCGACUUGAACCUGAACUCGAUCGACGACGACGGGCUCGAGGCGCUCGCCGAGAGCCCCAUCCUCGAGAAGUUGAGAUGGCUCGACCUGAGCUUCAAUCACUGGGGAGAGCGCGGGCUCGAAGCGCUGGCGCGCUCUCCUUACUUGCGCGCGCUCGAAGAGCUCAAGAUCGCGAGCAAUGACGCCACGGCAAAAGGCUUCGGCGUCUUCGCGAGGGCGCCCUGGCUCGACGGCCUGAAGAUGAUCGACCUGGCGUUCACCAAGGAGAUCCCGAUCGAGCAGUGGGUCGCGCUCUUUUCCCGCGAGGGAUUACACGGUCUGACACAUGUCGAGCUCGAUGAAUGCGAGCUCGGAGAUGAGGACGCGGCGCAUCUGUUUCGCGCGUUCAGCGCGACGCAUAUAAAGAAGCUCGACCUUCGCCAGAACAACCUGGGGAUGCGAGCGAUCGAAGCGAUCGCUGAUAACGAGGGGUUCGCCAACAUUAUCGACCUCUACCUCAAGGACAACACGCUCGGGGACGAGGGGGUCGCGCUGCUCGCGCAGGGGAAAGUGGUUCUCUUGAGAGAUGCCGCGCCCCACACCAGCAUGACCGAAAAUAAAAAGGCACGCUCCUCCAUCCAGCAGGCAUGGGCGGAGAUCCUGUUCGAGCAUCUGGGGGAUGCGGUCAUGAUUCACGACCGCUUUGGUUACCUCCUGGAGGUCAAUAAACAGCUGUGUCAUGCGCUCGGGUAUACGAGAGAUGAGCUCGUCGGGAUGAACGUGGCCGACAUCGACCCGACCGUGAACCUCGACGCGCUCGAUGGCUUGUGGGCCAGGAUGAUCCCGGAGCAGCCGCUGACCGUCGAAGGGCUCCACGCCCGCAAGGAUGGCACGACGCUCCCCGUCGAGCUGCGCAUCGUCAAGCUGAUCAAGGAUGACGAGAUGAUCUUCGUGGUCGUCUCGCGCGAUAUCACAAACCGCGUCAUCGCCAGAGAACACGCCGAACAGCUCAACGCGCAGUUGCGACACGCCCACCGUCAGGCGCUCGCUGCAAAUCACGCGCGCGACCGCCUGCUCGCCAACAUGAGCCACGAGCUGCGCACACCCUUGAACGCCAUCAUCGGCUACUCCGAGAUGUUGCAAGAGGAGAUCGAAGAGGCGCAGCAGCAAGCCGAUCUGGGGCGCAUCCUUUACUCCGCGCGUCAUCUGUUGGAGCUGGUCGACGAUGUGCUCGACCUCUCACAUCACGAGUCGCGAAGGGUUCCCGCCGAACCGAUCAACUGCGACCUCUCGAUCCUUAUCGAGGACGUCUGUGGAAGCUUCCGAUCAGUGAUCGAGAAAGAUCCCGCGCAGGAUCGUGGCAACAGCUUCGAGCAGGUGAUCGAGCCCGAGCUCGAAGCGUUCACGGACCCGGACAAGAUCGAGCGCAUCACGCUCAACCUGCUCUCGAACGCGAAUAACUUCACGCGCGAUGGGCACAUCUCGCUCAGGCUGGAGCGCGCCGGAGAGGAUACCAUCAUGACCGUGUCGGACACGGGCGUGGGCAUCGCGGACACGCAGCAGCUCUUCUUGCCACUGAAUGGGCUCGAGCACCAAGACGCGAGCAUCAAGCAGGGGAAGGGCCUCGGGCUCGCGAUCUGCAAACGGUAUGUCGAGAUCCUCGGAGGUUCGAUCUCGGUCGAGAGCGUUGUGGGCGAGGGAUCGAUCUUCACGGUCACCAUUCCGCUCCAGCUCGAAGAGCGGCACGCCGAACAACUCGAAGACAAGCGCGCGCUCACAGGCCAGCUCUCGAGCACGGUCUGCCUCUCGCUCGAGAGCUGCUCCGGGAUCGCCAAGUCAGCGCGCAGCGCAGGCAUCCAGGGCGUCGCCUACAAGGACCCCGCUCGCUUCUCGGCUGCUGUGGAUGCGCUUCGCCCAGAUCUCGUGGUGCUCGAGUUUGGCGAAGCAUACCCGGACGCCAGAACGUUGGGGCACAAGCUCAAGUCCAUGGCGACCACGUCUCAAUGCCCGAUCCUCCUCCACCUCUACUCCCCCAGGGCGCAGCGCGGCGUCCUGCUCGAAGGGAUCGACGACGUGCUGUUCACGCCCAUGGAUAGUGGGACGCUGAGGCGCGCGCUCCGUAUGCGUGGGUUGCAAGAGGGGGCGAAGCUGCUGGCGAUCUCACCACCUCGAUGCUUGCGCGAGAUGCUGCCCGAGGGAGCAGCGAUCCUCGACCUGGAGUGCUGCGUGGCGGACAGGCUGGAGUCACUCGAGCCUUCACCGACGCAUGUGCUCCUCGAUCUGGACGCGUGUGGAGAAGAGACCCUCGCGCUCUGCGCGUUGAUCUCCAGGCACUACCCCAGGGCGAUGGUGUUGCUGAUCGUGGCGAGCGAGCGUGAGCACGCGAGCCACAGCGACAUGGUCGAAGCGAUGAUCUCGCGCACGGGGAAACCGAUCGAGCAGGUGCAGGUCAGGAUGAACGAGAUCGCCGCGGCACUCUGCUAA